AUGGUGCGCGAGGUGCGCCAGCCGUCACUGGCUCCCCCUUCCCGGGCAGAGUCAACAAACUCGGUUGCAUCGUCCUCGAGGCUUCCUGUGCCCACAUCAAAGCUUCCUGUGCCCACAUCACGCCUCCCACGCCCUCGUUCUGUGCUUGGGGAGCGGGUCUACAACUUAUCCGCUCCCUCCAGUCGCGGAGCGCGCCCCGCCUCCACCACCAACACCACCAACAAGGUGGUGGCGAGCGUCGCUGCUCCUGUUGCCCCCUCGACCUCCACACCAUCAACAGCAGCAGCAGCAGCAGAAGACCACGACGACGACACUGCAACUCCACGCCCACCUGCACCCGCCGCCACCAAGCGCUUCGCGGCGCUUGCGGCGCUCCCAUCGCCCGACCUCCGACGCAACCCCCGUUCGACGCCCAAGGAUCCGGCCAUGGGCAAGCGCACCGCCCGCGCGGCGGUGGGGUCGACACCCACGAUCGCGCGUACCGACGAGACCAUGAUAUGGGAUGUCCAGCCUCCAGACAUGCCUUCCAGCAGCUUGUUCGGCGAAGACAGCGAGGACGACGACGCGCCAGGGCCAAGUACCAGGCGGGUCUCCGCCCGCGGUGCCGCUCGCGCUGGGGGAGGACUGAUGACACCUGCGGCUAGCCAGGAGAAUGGAUCCCUCUCCACCGUACCCAAGAGUACCGCACGAGGACGCAAGUCGCUUCCCACUCCCGAGCUCUCCCAGCAGGCAGAACCGUCCCGCCCGCCAACACGGAGCCGUGUCCGCCCACGGGACAGCUUCUCCCCGGUUCGCACUGCGCCACCAGACGUUGUCGCCGAGUACGAGGAGCCAUUGCACGACAGCCCCAACCCUCGCAAGAAGAAGGCAGCGCGUCUGAGUGAUGAGGCUGUUUCUAUUACAGCUUCUGGCACGGCCAAGAAGCGUCUUCCAUCACCAUCAACCACUCUGUUAAGAUCUGCGAGCCAGCAAAGCUCCAGCUCCACUCCAGCAGCACGCCCUCGACGCGCCCCGCCUGCCACUGCCCCAGUAAAGUCGGCCUCUGCACACCAGCGUGCGACUACGCCCAAAACGCAGCUCCGCACCCUCACCAACUCGCCCCCAAAGUCCCUCAAGGUGGAAACGGCGCGGUUCCGACGUUCUCUCACGCCUGUCGCUCGCAGGGCCCUCAAGGGCGUGAUUGUCGGUUACAAAGAACGACCAGUCGAGGCCGAACCUGGCGAGGACCCGCUUCUGCUCGUGCCCGACCUCAAACCUCGCCAGCGCCGCCGAACGCUCAGCUCGUCAUCUCAUGGUGAGACCCCCGGUACCGUUAGGCGCAAGAAGCGCACCAAGGUCGCCCAGACCGAACCUCGACCCAAAGCCUCGGCCAACAUGUUCACCCGCACGCCUCGUCUCGAGGAUGGCGAUUUGGCAGAGUACGGCAAUGUUUAUGGCGAGCUGGAUCGUGGCGCCGGAAGUGACAGUGAUGGCGAGGGUGUGGCCAACGACACCUUUGUUGGAGUCAUGGCCCGUCGGGGUGAGCAGCGCCGCAUCCCCUCUGCUCUUGGGUCGGUACCGCCCAUCGUCGCCGAGGAAGAGCCCGGAAGCAGUCCCGUCAUCAAGGAAGCGGAGCUGCCCACGCAGCGAAAGCAGACUUCGCCCCUGCAUGAUCUUUCGCGCUUCAUCAGUCGCUCGACUAGAGACAGUGCCUCGCCCGAAGGUCCCGACGAGCAUGUCGAUAUCGAGGUCGACAACGAGCCCGUCGCCCCGGUGCGCUCGCCUACGCCUCCCGCUCCGUCUCCUGCUCUGUUCUCACCCGGUCUUGCCCCCGCGGACGAAAACAACAACGACGAUGCAGACGACUUUUACGAUCCAGUGUUCAUGGCACCGGCCGACUCGCCUCCUAGCUCGCCCUUCCCAGCUGCCAACUUUGACACGACCCUGCUGGCUGGCACGCCGCCCGCGUUUGGCUCGACUUUCCGUGGCAUGUCCUUCUCCCCCAACGCCGCUUCCAUUCACGGCACACCAGCGACUGAGCGUCCGUCCAGGACACCAGAAGUCGCGGAGCGUUCAGUUUCGCGCACGCCGCAGCCUAUCCUCGCGCCCGAAGAGGACGAGGAGGAAGUGGACCCGGGAGAUGACACGAUUAUCGCGCCGGCCAGCCCCAGCCCCGAGCCAGAGCACCAGGAGCCAGAACCAGAGUCUGAAGAGGAAGAGGUGCCCACCACCCAGGCAUACCGCUCGCCCACACCACCGCGCCCGCAUACACCUGUCUUCAGCCAGAUCUACCGCCCGCCCACGCCACCGCGCCCGCACACACCCAUGCGAGACGCUCUUCCCGCCGUCUCCUCCCCGAGCGCACCAUUACCCAUGGCCGAUUUCUACGAAGACGCCGCGUCGACCGUCAUCUCGCCCCGCCGCCGGCGGAAGCGCAGCUCGCUGUUCUUUGACAGCGUCGAGUUGCCGACUACACAUCAGAGUCUGGUCAAGUACGGCCGCAGGAUGAGCGAUGAUGCCUCACGGCCUUCACCGCGCAGGGCUGCCAGUGUGCCCGUGCCCUCCGAGGAGCCGCCUGAGGAGCCCGCUGAGGAGGUGGCUGUCGAUGUGGAUGUGGAUGUUGCUGCGGCCUCUGAAGCUCAGGCAGAGGCUGAGGACGAAGACCUCGACCUCGAUCGCGACCUCGACCUCGAGCCCACAUACGUCUCCCAACUGGAACGCAGUCCGUCCCCUGCACCUUCUGACGCGGCCUCUGAAGCUCCCUCCGACGCACCCUCUGUUGGCCAGCCAGUGUCCGAGCCACAGCGCAGUCCGUCGCCCGUACUUUCUGAUGCGGCAUCUGAAGCUCCCUCUGACGUACCCUCUGAGGCCCCCUCUGUCGGCCAGCCAGUACUCUGUCCGUCACCCGCACCUUCUCAUCUGGCCUCUGAACCUCCGUCCGAGGCACCCUCUGUCGGCCAGCCAAGCACUGCCCCGACCAAGGCAAUUCUGAGCGGCGAGGACGACGACGACGAGCAGGAGCCAGUCGACUUCCUGGCCUCUUCGCCCGCUCUCAGCGCGCACGACUUUGUCGAGGACGACGAAGAGGACAUGGACCUCACUACCACCGCCGACGUCACUGUUGUCCCGCGUAUGGAGCCCCGUGCAGAGAACGAGCUCAACUCGCACGACUUCGCUGAGAACGACGAAGAGGACAUGGACCUCACAACCACUGCCGAUGUCACUGUUGUCCCCCGUGUGGAGCCUGAGGACGAACUCGAGGACGUCGACCCCGAAGACGACACGGUCAUCUUGGACGGCGACUCGUACCUUAGCGACCCAUCACCCCUCACUUCGCCCUCCGCUUCUGCCUUUGCCUCGCCAGUUCCAGGCGGUAAUAGGUCGGUUCGCGAAACUGUCUCGCCCAUCUCGCCGCCCCUCACCCCUGGGUACUUUAUGCAAGCGAGGCAGAGCCACAGCCAACGGCCGAGCCCAAGUCCUAGUCCCAGUCCUGCUGUGCGGCGCCUCGCCUCGCCUGUUGUGCAGCGUGCUGUCUCUGUCGCUGCCGACGGCUCCGAUACCGAGCUGGACGCGUCUGCUGAGACGCUGGCUGCGGACAUGUCCGCGCUGGAUGUGUCCGCCGAUACCAUUGUGGCGAACCUCUCUACAGCGACUGUGGGGCAGGAAGAGGACGAGGAUGAAGACGAGGACGAUGCGCAGGAAGCGGCAGAUGUGGCUGCCAGCUCGCCACACUCUCCCUCCAGCGAGCUCGAGCCGGUCCAGGUGCCCACUCCCGAGCCUUCCCUCGAGCCCGUCACUGCAGCUGCUCUCCCGCCAAGCUCCCCUCCUUCAGAUGAGUUGGAUGUUUCCGCGGACACUGUGCGAGCGGAUACAUCAUCGCUCGACGUCUCGGUUGCAGCCGAAACUGCGGCUGAAGCAACUGAGGUUGAGGGGCCAGCCGUGCUUGCAUCCAAGCCCGAUGAACCCUCGCCGCCGGACGACAACAUCUACUCCCCCGGCUCGGAGCCUCGCUACGACAUUGCCGACGUGGUCCAGGCCGCCCUUGGCGCCGGUAUGGUGAUCGACGAUGAAGAACAGGUGGGGUUUGGUCCCAGCUCAAGUCCAGUGGCCAAGGGUCUUGAGCUUCACACUGGUGCUCCAGCUCCAGUUCAGGUAUCUCCUGCGGCCCCAACUCAGCGCAACUCUGGCCCGUCACUCGAGUCUUCGCCUCCGCGAUCUCCGUCCGUCUCCCGCGAGCCGUCACCUGCCCCAGAGGAGAACAUCCCCCUCCGCCACCGCCGUCGCAUGUUUGCAGGCAGCACCCCCGUCCGUGGCCGCUUAUCCAGCGCGUCUGCGGAGUCGGUCGGCGGCCCACUCAGCUCCCCAGCCAGUGUGGCCAGUAUCGCCAAGUCGCAGCGCUCUCUGACAGCGCGUCUCAGCUCUGCAGCCGCCGAGUCGUCCCCUGUACGUGAAGCUCCGAGGCCAAUCUUCCCCGUUCUGGCGCCGCGUGUGUCAACGACUGUGGUUGCCAGCGCCGCUGUUACGCACUCGUCGCCUGUUCCCGCCCCUGUGGGCCUCACCACUGCGUCGCCGGCACCAGCACCUCCAGCGGACAACACCCCUUGGCGAUCUUUACUCGCGGCCGCUCCAUCUUCAGACUCGGAAGAGGACUCGGACGCAGAGGUACCCAUGCCUGCAGGCGCGAGCUUUAUUCGCCCGCCAACGCCUCCCCGCCGCGCCUCGCACGCGCUCGACGUUGCCACUGCCAAGAUGCCGACGCCUGUGGCCAGUGCCAUGACGCUGCAUCCCAGCUCGCCAGUCGCUGCGAGCGCGAAAGUCCCUUCAUCCUCGCCAGCAGUGAGGGCUAGCACCAGCUCACCGGUGCGCGAGCCUACACCUCAACUACGCGCUGCCUCACCUGCCGCUGCUACCCCGUCGCCAGAGGCUCGUAACUGGCCAGUGACCACUACGUCUCCCCUCCCACCGGCCUUUGCGCCAAUCUCACCACCUUCACCCACCCGAUCCAUCCGCUCCGUGAGGUCCUCCCACUCUGCCGUGUCAUCACCUCCGUCUCCCGUCACCCGUCCCUCUGUCGAGGUUACUCCGGCGCUCGCCGCGUCCCCGAGGGUGCCGAGGCGUAGCCUCACACCGCAAGUGGCCCAGUCGCCCGACACAAGUGACGAACUCCGGGAAGAAGAGGUUCGGGCGGACAGUCCUGUCCGCGAGCCUCUGGCUGACAUCACACCGGCUCGUGAACCGACGGCCCGUGAAGCUACACCUGUUCGCGAAGCUACGCCUGUCCGCGAAACGACUCCUCGCCAGCCAACUCCUCGCGCAGUCACUCCCGCCCGCGAGCCCACAACUCGUCCACCUCCUGCUCGCAGCCCUACUCCGCGUGAAGCUUCUCCUGUUCUCGAGUCGACUCCCCGUCACGCUACUCCCGUGCGCGAGGCGACUCCGCGCGCGCCAUCUCCGCAGGUGGCCAGCCCCGCGCCUACCCCACUGGCCGUUCGCGAGGCUACUCCUAGGGAAGCUACGCCGGUUCGCGAGAUCACCCCCGUGCGUGUGGCUACUCCCCGUGAUCCCACACCUGCCCGUGAGCCCACGCCGGUUCGUCAGCCAACUCCCGCCCGCGACGCAACUCCCACCCGCGACCCGACUCCCUUGCGCGACUCAACUCCUGUGCGCGAUUCAACUCCUGUUCGUGAAGCUCCUACACUGCGAGUGGAGACGCCUGCGCGUGAAGCCUCCCCCGAGGAGGAGCCUGAGGAGGAGCGUAAGGAUUCUGAGGAGCCUGAGGAGCUGGAAAACGAGGAAGACGCCGAGAAGACUCUCCGCCACACGACCCCACGGCCGCCGCCAGCGCCGGCCGUGGCGAGGCUAUCGGUCCCACUUUCAGCUUCGCCGCGUCGCUCGCCACGAUUCUCAAACUCCGCGCUACCCUCUCCUCAGCGCUCGUCGCCCGUGGUAAAGGCUCCAUUGGAACCACCGCGUCGCUCGCCGCGUCUCAGCAAGACCGUCUCGCCGCGCGCCCGCGCCAACACUCCCCUCCGUGAAGUGACCCCGGCUGCCGAUGCCUCGCCUGUCCAUAUCAAUGUGGCACUUGGUCCGCCAGCCGCUAGCACGGUGCCGAUUCUGCCCUCAUUUGGCAUCACUCGCUCUCGAUCGCCCUCACCGGGACCGUCAGUCUCGUCGGUAUUCACCGCCGGCAUGGUUUCCGCCCUCGCCGCGUCCCCGGUGCGCCCCAUCAACCUCUCCGCGUCGCCCAUGAAGCCCUCGGCUCUUGGCAUUACCUCCCCACAGAAGUUUUCCAUCUUUCCCUUGCAUGCUAGCGCGAGCCCGAACGUCGACCGCAACGAGACGCGCUUCCCCUCGGCAUCGCCUGUGCCAAGGUCACCAGGGAAGAAGAUUACAAACCAGGAGGAAGACCUCGCUGACGCGACCAUUGAUGGCGACUCGUCCAUGUGGGACAUUUCCGCCUCGGACAUGACCUUUGAUGCCGAGGCUGAGGCUCCCCACUUUGCAGAGCACCAGGUCGGCGACGUGCACUGGGACGCUACCCGCAUUGAGCGCCAGCCAGCCACUUGGUCCCGAUCCGUCACCCCUGCGGUCGAGCGGUCCACGCCUUCGCUUGAGGCCGACGAGUCUGCCGAACCUGAAGUCGAACCUGAUACGGCGGCUGAAGAUGCUGAUGAGUCGUACUUUGACGAGACUGCUCGCAAUCACGACCCCCAAGAGACCGACAGUCCUUCCGACCAGGACGAGGAGGAGGAACACGGGGAUGAGGACGAGGAUGAGGGUGUUGGGAGCGAGCAGGAUGUCUCCGAGGAGGAGCAGUUCGACGACGACCGGCAACUCGAUGAGGAGGAACAGCACGAUGAGGAAUACGAAGAGGACGACCACAGCGGCUCUGACGAGGAAGAGGCCGGCGACAACACAUACGACAACAGUGUGGUGGAGGAAUUCGACGUCCCCCUCAACGACGACAGGAUCAUCCUCCGGGUUGUGCCCCGUGGCGUGGUCAAGAUUGAGCCUGUCGAGGUCAGCGACGAGUCGGUCGAGGAGGUGCGUCCCGACCGUCUUCGCUCGCGCUUCGCCUCUGCUGGCCCAUCACGCACCGUCGCUCCGGCACCACCUGCACCACCUGCACCACGUCUCCCAGUCCCGCAGGUGGACCGCCCUAGUGUGUUCCGCUACACCGACACUGCAGGCGGUGUGCACGACCUCGAGCGUGUUCUCUCCCGCCGCGCCGCUGGUGGCUCAAGCUCGCAAUAUCACGCCCCGCCCACCGCUGGUCCCUCGCGCCUCCCAGACGUCUCCCCUCAACGCAGCUUGCACGAGGAGAUUGCCGCCGCAGACGACAGCUUUGAGUCGGAUGACAACGACGAGUCGUUCCGUUCCAUUGUCGAAGUCUCGUCCCUCGACCCACGCGCCGCUGCUCGCGCCGCUGCCAUCCUCAAGAUGAACCAUGCGUACAUUGAGAGCGGAGUGCUUCCUGAUGGCACCCCCGCGCCGGUCUCUCGCUCUCGCCGCGGCUCUGUUACGUCGCGGUACUCUACGCCCGGCCGCAGCACCGAGCGCUCGCGGUUCUUUGACAGCGAAGAGGUUUCGCGCACCAUCUCCAAGAACGAGCUCCUGCACGAGGCCGAACUCGAUAUUGCCAACUCGAGCAUGCACUACCCACGCAGCGUCAGCCGGUUACCCUCCCGCACGGAAUCGCCGGCCCUCGCCAUUCCAGGCGGGUGGACGCGCACGCCCAAGCGCAAGCACCGCGAGUCGUUUGAGCGCGAGCACAAUGUCGACAUUGAGCACGAGGCCGCCGAAGCGUCCUUUACGGAACGCGCGUGGACCGUGUCCGACUGGCGUCAUCUGGAGAACGUCUACCGCGCCGAACACGCAAAGUACCUCACUGAGCGUAAUGUCGUCCCCCUGCCUAGCUGGUCGCCAUGGCCGACACGCCCUACUGCCCCAACCGAAUGGGACCCGACACGGGUGAUUGACGCGUUUGUCGCCAAAGAGGGCCUCAAGCAGUCUGAGAUGGUGGGCGAGUUCAGUCGUGACACCCUCUUGAUGCGUAUCGAGGCUCUUUCGCGCCGCGUCGCCCGCCUCCAGGACAAAGCCAAAGCUCGAGCAGCACACAGCGACGAGCCAGCGACCAAACGAUCCCGCCCGGACGUCGAGCCGCCGAGCACGAUGAAGCGCAUGAUGAACUGGGUAUUUGGUACGGGCAUGAAGCCACCGACCGUCCGUCGCGCGUCGCCUCCACGCCGCGCCCGUGCCCAGCCUACCGAGCGCCGUGCAAAGUCUCCCACCCCGGCCGUCUUCACCGCCAGCGCCAGCGCCACAGGUGCAGCCAAUUCCAUGGCCGACACGACUGCUGGCUUUCUCCAGCGCGUGGACGAGACGUUUGACAUUGGCGACGUGACCAUGGCCGCCACUCCGCUCCGUCCCAUCACCAUGCCUGCCGCGCUCGAGCGCCGGAGCCACACCCACAUGCGCAUGACCUCUAUCGGCGAGGGUCAGGCGAGCACCAGCAGCUCCCGUCCCUCCGUGCCCGAGUACCCCCGCCCCGCGCCUACGGAGUAUCGCUAUGGCCCCUCGGAGACGUCCCUCUACGCCCCACUCUACCCCUCGCUCCCUGACCGGUCUGCUGCCAUUGCGCCCAUCGUGUCCGGAACGCCACGACCCCGCGUCCGCGUGAGGUCCGGCGACGGCUCGCUCAUGGACAAGCCCAUCAUGCCGCCGCCCACUGCCGGCCGAGGCGUCAAGGAUAUCGCCCGCGCGCUGGAGGACAGCGGCAAGCUCGAGCUGAGUUUUGAGAGUGCCCGCAGGGAAAAGGAGAAGGGGAGAGUGCAGGACCUGCGGCGGGUGCAGAACAUGGUGGAUAAGGUGCAUGACGGGAGCUUCAGUCUCUGA